GUGGAGGUCUUUUUUCCGAUGCCGAUGGCUAUUUACGGAUGUGGUUCGAUCGACGUCAUGCAAUAUAAAAUUGAAUCGAAUCAGCCGUUCUCUGCCCAACCCGUCGUCUUGAUUCUGUUUCUAUCAGUAAACAGUUGAAACGGGCUACGGGGUACCCGGCCCGAGGAUCCGUUGCAAGCAGGCGACCCGAAGCGGCCCCGUGGAGCCCUGGACAUCCCAUAAGGGUGGACUUUGACACAUCGCAGACCUCAUUUUGGUUUUCCUCUAACCUAUCGCCAGCUGCAAUCGCACGUCUCUUCGACUGCCGACAUUUAACACCGAGAAGUCAUGGUCGGCAAACUUCGUGGCAAUGCCGCAACGAUUGGUGUAACGAUCAUGGCUGGCUUCGGUUGGAUUCUAUUUGGCUAUGACCUCGGUGUCUUAGGCGGUGUACUAAAUGAAGCCGACUUCUCGCAUACAUUUGUCCUGAACGAUGUCCUCACUGGCCUGACAACCGGUGUAUUCGAGCUCGCUGCCAUGUUUGGUGCCCUAGGUAUGGCGGCAUUUGGCCAAGUCAAUUCGCGAGCCAACAACACGAUGAUCGGAACCGGUAUCAUCGCUUUGGGUGCCGUUAUCCAGGCGUCAAGUACCACGCUCGCUCAACUGAUCGUCGGGCGAUUGAUUGGUGGUACUGGCCUAGGCAUCUUCACCAGCGUCUGUCCACUGUGGCAAGCUGAAAUUACUCCUGCCAAUCGACGAGGACGAGUUAUCGGCUUCUCCCUUUCGUUUUUAAUCGUCGGUUUGAUGUUGUCGUACUGGAUCGACUACGGCAUGUCGAAAUACGUUGGUUCGGUGUCUUGGAGAUUUCCGUUCGCCUUUCAAUGCAUUCUCGCAGGAUUCAACAUGAUCUUGACGCGAUUCGUACCAGAGUCGCCGCGAUGGUUGUUGAAGCAAGGACGGACCGGCGAAGCUCGGCAAUCUUUGUCUAUGCUGUUCGAUGCACCGGAGGACGAUGAAAAGGUCGAAGCCACUUUCCAAGAGAUCGAAAUUGCCAUUGAAAUCGAAAAUGGGAAUCGAUACUCUUUGCUAGACUUCCUGCGCGGUGCCAACGACGGCGUGAGAGGUCGACGCCGUGUAUUGACGGGCUGCUUCUUCCAGCUGGCGCAAUGUUUUAGUGGCUCAACAAUCAUCUCCUUCUACGUUCAGCCUAUCUUCCAGACGUCGAUUGGCCUCACCCACGAACUAGCGAGUUUGAUGAGUGGUUAUCUCCAGAUCUGGUUCCUUGUCGCCAGUCUGAUGACAUGGUAUUUCGUCGAGCGAUUCGGACGACGAAAAAUGUUCAUGUCCAUGGCAGCUGCAAUGUCAGUUGACAUGUUCCUCCUGGCGGCCUUCAUCAAGAUCGACACCAAAGGGACGGGUAUCGGUGCCGCCGUUUGUGUAUUCUUAUAUCAAUCCUUUUAUACCUGGGGCUGGAUGGCGGGUGUCUGGCUCAUGUGCACUGAGAUCCACUCGCUGGGUUUCAGAACGGUUGGUGGCGGUCUCCAAGCUGCCACUCAGUGGGCUUUCAACUUCGCAACUCUUUUCGUGUUUCCUAUCAUCGUGCAGAAUAUUGGGUACAAGACUUGGUUCAUCUUCGCGUGCUGCAAUCUUGCAUACGUCGCGGUUGUAUACUUCUUCGUGCCAGAGACACGAGGAUUGCCGCUGGAAUCCAUCGACCUGUGCUUCAGGCCCGGAGUUGACCCGGUGAAAGAGUCUCAGCGAUUGCAGCAGCUCGUCAAGGAAGGUAGACUCGAGGAGACCACCCUUGUCGGUGACCUACGUCGACGCGAAUUAGAGGCAAAAGGUCAUAACGAGAAGUUUGAAUCUGUGGGCGGAACGGUUUCAACAGCCCACGGUGUGCCACCCGCUGCUCUAGAAGUGUGAUCAUUCAGUGUCAGAGUUGUGCACGCGCAUAUGGUACAGCACCAGACACUGUGUGCAUGGCAGAGCACCCGAUUGGACGACGUCUAGGCCAUUCUGAGAGUCUUGCGAGACCGCUGGGAAUGCCGUAGACGUUUAGUCUCUCCCUCUUCUGGAAGUUGUCUGCGUUUUGGUGUUGGUCCUCGGAAUGCUGGAGAAUGUAUGGUGUCUGCCCAAG